AUGCUGACGAUGGGUGCCGACUUUUCGCACGUGAAUGCUGACGCGUGGUUCCAAAACGUGGACAAGCUGGUUCACCACCUUAACCAAGAUGGACGAGUGAACGCCUUCUACUCCACGCCCACUCUGUACAUAGACGCCAAGCACGCGGCCAACGAGUCCUGGCCCCUCAAGACCGACGACUUCUUUCCGUACGCAGACUGCCCCCAUUGCUAUUGGACCGGUUACUUUUCGAGCCGCGUCAACCUCAAGGGCUACGUGCGUGCUCUAUCUGGUCGGCUGCAGGCCGCGCGCCAGCUGGAGUUCCUGGCGGGUAGAUCGAAAACGGGGCCAACGACGGACAGUCUGGAAGAGGCGCUCGCGAUUGUCCAGCAUCACGAUGGCGUCAGCGGCACGAGCAAGCAACACGUGGCGGACGAUUACGCCAAGAGGUUGGCCGCUGGCGCGGUAGAGGCUGAGUCGGUGGUGACGUCAGCGCUUCUUAAGCUGGCGGAUCUGACAUCAUCAACCCCUGGCGACGCGGAGUCAAAACCAGAGCCAGCGCCGAAAGCGAACACGACCCUCGAAGGGCCAAUCUUACAGCAGUGCCCUCUGCUCAACAUCAGCUACUGCCCGCCCACAACGAGUCACAUCCCCGCCUGGUCUGCGCUGGUCGUUCUCGUCUACAACCCCCUCGCGUGGCCCCGCCAAGAGCUCGUCACGCUCCCUGUGGCCGACACGUGGCUCGCUGUCACCGACACCGACGGGCGUGCGGUCCCUUCCCAGGUCGCGCCCAUAGAUGACGUCAGCAUGCGGUUACGUCAGCAACAAGCGCCGGGCUCUCAUGAUUCGGGGGGUUCGUACGAGCUGACGUUUCGGGCUGCGGCGCCCCCCCUGGGGUUUGCGACGUACUUCGUGGGACCUCCGCUGGCCACGUCGGACCCUGGUGCCCCCACGUCAGUGGUCGUCAAGGAUUACGGCAACGGAACGGAAGCGAACUUUGACAUUGGAACGGGGCCAGUACGGCUGACGUUUGAAAGCGGCCGUCUGUCGCGCUUCACUACUGACAAGACGUCCUUGACGAUCCGCAAUCAGACCCUCUUCUCAUACCCGCCAAGCACGGGUUUGGUGAUGGGAAUAGAUCAAUGGCAG